AUAAAGGUUGCUGAGUCUAUGUUGCCUGUGCGCAUGGAUGAUGGCUCCCAAGGGUCUUUGGAGAGCUCCGAUGCAAAGGUUGCUUGCCGUGGAUGCUUUUCAGUCAAUGCAGUCACAUCCACCAUUUUGACAAAAGUGUCCAAUGCAAAUGCCCGUCUUCUGGCGUGGCGACGAGAAGGGCAGCCAACAGAGCGCCAUUUUUGCGAGUUUUGUGACUUGAUGCUGGGCAAUCCGCAUCCUGACGAAAUGUCACAAUCUGUGGACCAUCGUGUUUGCAUAGAAGAACUUUCCUUUGACAUUUUGCACAAACUGAUCUCAAGACAGUUCCAUGAUGAUCCUGGAGGUUCUGGAAACAUAAAUGGAGCAGUGCAAGGAGGACAAAUACAAACUAGAGCGUUAAUCUUUCAUAUGCAGCCUUACCUGGAGGAUUUGCUGAUUCGGCGGCAAGGUUUUCGCCACCUGGUGGAUGUCCUUGCUACUGUUGCAGAAGCAGACGACGCUGUUCCAAAUAUACUGUCAGAGUUGACUCCGAAGGAUCUGUUUAUAGCCCUGUUGCUAGCGACUCCCAGCCACCGAAAACGAAUACGCCUGGCCACUGCAUAUUUGAGCUUGAAAGCACCGUUGCCACUGGUUUUCCGUCAUCCGGAACAGAUGCCCGCGAGAAGCAGCACUUGCAAGGCUAAAGUGACGGCUGCUUUCGAUCUGUUGCAUGAAAUUGCCUGUGUUCCCCGAGAAGGUCGGCUCGUCAUAGUUAGUUUGGGCACCGAGCAGGUACUUGCCAGUGGCAAGACAAGUUUGCUUGGUGCCAUGGGCUUAGCGCCAGUAUUGGAGGAGUUGGAUGUGAGACCAUCUGGUCCCAUGCACAAUUUUUCUUGUGACCUAUCCUGCUCAGAUUCUGAUCUUUGGUUGCUGGAUGUUCAUGGAACGCUUGAAGACGAACAUUUACGAAAUGCUGUGCUCGCGGUUGCCCUGUGGGGUUCUGCAGUGUGUUUGGUUCAUUGCUCUGUGAAUGAUUUCCAUUCUACCGGAGUUCCGCGAAAAAAAUUGGCAGGAAUCAUAGGUGAUUUGGAAAGUCAAUUGCUGAUUAAUGCACAAGUUGUCAAAGGCAGUGGUGUGGUGGUGCUUAUCCGGGAUGUAAAUGCUGAUGCCUUUGCUCCAAAGCGGCAAACGAUUGAAAGUGCUCUUGAACACUUGGGUGUUCUUGCGGUGUUUUGUGUAGAGGACUGCCGAAACUUCAGGUCUGCAACGAGACGUGCUGCAACGAUGGAAAGGUUACGAGCCCGCCUGGAAGAUACCUGGAAAAACUUGUUUCCAGGAACUUCUUGCUUGGAAGAUUUGCAGCGGGUGCAUGGGCUGUUAAUGGAAGGGCAGGUGCGCCGUGAGGUCCACAAGGAGAUUGGAGAAAAAACAUUUGGAUCCUCAGAGUUGGGCAAGGAACUUACCAAUCUUCUCGACCGAGCUUCCGAAUCCUCACUCUACGAAUCGCUUUUCCCCUUGACGGCCAUCAAGAGGCGGCUUCGUUCUCUUUGUCAUGAUGUUGCCCCCAAAGUUGGCACCAGACUAGAAGAGCUGCGACGAGAAGAAGAUUUAGCGAAAGCACGGGCCGCCCAAAUUGCAGAACUCGGCAAGGAGUUUCAGUCAGCGUCAAAGUCAGAGGCCAUGUAUUUUUUUGAAAGUUGCCUAUCCUCCAAGAACCCCUUGUCUGCAAUUGCUGAGAUGGGUCACUACCUAGAUGCCUGGAAAUUGCCAAGGGUUCAGCCAUUGCUUCGUCGCCAGCGUGAACUGCUUGAUGAGUUGACCGAUGCCCCUGUUGUGGGCCGAGUCCACGUGCCAAGGGAGCCUGAGGAGACAGGUGGACCAAAAACACCAAGUGGGGCAGGGUCUGGGCCUGCUGAAUUAAAUGAAGUGAUGGGUCAACUUGCAGAACUCGAUUUCAGUGGUGAUACAUUUUGGACAGAGCUUGAACUUCUGGCAUUGCGCGAAGCACGAGAAGACUUGGCUGACCCUGUUCAGAAAACAAGUGGUGGUUUCAGUAGAGCUGCUACAUGUUGGGCAUCCCUUUUGGCAUCAGGACAGCCUUUCCAAGUUUUGCACAGCCGCCCUCUACAAAUGGCAGGUCAGUUCUUGCGGAGCGUUCUGGCAAGCAUUGGCGCGCCUCAAACGCCAGGCAUUUUUGUUGUCUCGGUGAUUGGUGCUCAAUCUUCUGCCAAGUCCACUUUACUGAAUUUUUUGUUUGGCAGUGGUUUUGCAGUCUCUUCUGGACGUUGCACUCGUGGCUUGUAUGCAUCAUACUUUGCGAGCGAUUCUGGGCGACCUGUGCUAGUACUUGAUUCCGAAGGUCUGCUGUCACUUGGUUCUGAAGGGAGCACCUUUGACGGCCAAAUUGCGAUGAUGUGCAUGACUUGCAGUCACUUGGUCCUGGUAAACAACAAGGGCGAGCUGUCGCGACAGCUUCAGGACCUUCUGGAGGUUUGCCUGUUUGCGAUGAAGCACUUGCGCCUUUCACGCUUGCAGCCGCGGCUGGUUUUUGUGCUCCGAGAUCAGCAUGACCGUUCUCGAAGUGUGCAUGAAGAUAUGUUGAAGCAGAUGAAAAACAACUUGGAAGAAGCUGCAAAAACUUUGGGGUCCCCGCUCCAAGACCUGAUUUUGCUUGACGGCACAGCUGUGUUCCUCCUUCCUUCUGCCAUGAGUUCGGAAUUGAGACAGGGCCGGGAGGUGUGUUGGACCAGUGAGCUGUUUGCCCGAGAAGUGCUAAAACUCCGUGCGGACGUUUUCCGCUGGUUGCAGGAAGACUGUGAUCGAAGAGGUUCUGAACUACCAGAGUUUUCGUCCUUAGUUCAUUGGUAUGACUAUGCUGCCACAGUAUGGGAAACUUUGGAUCAGUUCGGCCAACAACUGCUGCACUGCAGAACAAUUCAUGAGAUCGAACAGCGGCGAGAGCUUGCAGAUGUUGCCAAGAGUGCAGUUCGAGAAGCAUUGGAUGGGGCAGACCAAGCAGGUUUCCAUGAGAGAGCACGGCAACUGGUGGACAGCUUUGUAAGCAGAAUCCACUCAAAUCCAACACGCCUUGAUUUGGAAACCACAGACCUCGAACUCAGCAGAGCAUUGGCAUACCUGCGGGAUGAGUGUGUGGGGCAGCUGGAAGAGCUUUUUCAGCAAAAAGCUUCGAGCCCCCGCUUCAGUGCAACAGCCAAGGAGCAAGCAAGACAGCAGAUUCGUACACCCAUAGAGUGGGCUUUUGAGAAUCACCUGUACACAUGGAAACUGCAUUUGAAGAAGGCCUCUGAUGAGCGGGCCAUGCACGAACUCUGGGUUCACUUUACUAAAGUCUUGAACCGACACCUGGACAACUCCAAUCAUCGAUCUUGCUUGUCGGAAGAUGAAUCCCGUGAGCUGUUCGAGAGCGAGUGGCGCAUGUAUGAAGCUUCAUUUCUGGAACGCUUGCAAAGUCUCACGAAAACUUGGCAGACUUUAGCACAUGAAGUUACAUUGCUUUUCAACUGUGCAGUAAACAAGUUGCAUCAUGAAACAGGAGCCUUGGCUCUUUUGAAGGAAGCAGGCCCCCAGCAGCUGGCCCAGUUGGGUCCUGACAACAUGAGAAUGAGGCCUCUCCUAGAACAAAGCAAUGCAGAAUGGGAAAGCAGUUAUUUUCACAUUGGCUGGUGGGGAACUAUGAAGAUGCAUGGUUUGGCUCUGCUGCAUGCUGGAGGAAAUUUGUCAGACGUGACUUUGAAAUCUGGCAGCAUUCUGCACAGCGUGAUUCCAAGAAUGAAGCAGAUUGUCCAACACGCCUUGCAACAGCUGAAAUCCGAAGUUCAUGCCAGGGGUGUGCUUGAUGAAGCCACUGCCGCUGACGGGUUGCGACAUUUGGCAAGUGUGACUUUACAUGAAUUGGAGUCGAGGGCCCUUGCUGACCGUUCGGAGUCCGUGUCUCUGAAGCGGCCUCAAAUUCUACACGCGCUACAUUUGGCUCUUCGGACCACUUGCGUUGAAGCUCUUGAGGAGAUUGAAACAGAGAAGCAGAAGAAGGCAAUGGCUGACCUCCUGGCACAGAAAGCCUUGGUUGAGGAACACUUUCUUCUUAUCGUCCAAGCAAACAAGGGAGACGUGGAAAGGGCAACAAACUUUGCAACAUUGUAUCAUAGGUCGUUGAGUAGCUGGCUAGAUCACGAAGUGACGCAAUUGGCGGCCGAUGUUCGUAGCCAAGUGCUGCAGCAGAUGCCGGAUCCACAGAAGUCUGUGGAAAUGGCCUUCCAGAUGUCCUUUGGUUCCAGAAGCUGGUCUGACGUGCUUGAGUACGUGCUUGACACCAAUGCCUAUUUGGAAAAACAGUUUCUCAACAUUUUUCAUCAGCAGAAGCGGUCGUUCGUCGGUGCAGCACGCUCCCGUGUGGAGAAAAGAGUCUUCAGUGCAUAUCACCUUCUUCAAGAUGUAGUUGGCGAGUGGGCUAGAAAGGUGGUAUGCCCCGCAGAGAAAGUGGACAUAGCUACGGCUUCACAGGGGCGAGAUGGACGCACUGACAGCUCAAGAAGGUCUAUCAAAGAACUAAAGGAUUUCAUCUCAAUUCAUGCUGAGCACGUGCCCACCAAUGCCGACCUUGCUGAGGCUCAUCGCCAGCUGGCUGAACGCCUGCCCGCAACCGCCGAUUUUCAGAUUGCAGAUCCGAAACUUUUUGCGGAGACGUUGCAGGCACGCAUCAGCGACUUUGCGGACUCGCGUGAGAUACCCAAGCGGUUGUCCGAGCAGCUGCAGAAGGCGCUUCGAGAGCAAUCUCUCCAAGCCUGGUCUUUGAUUCGUGGGUGCUCUGAACGAUGCCCACUUUGUGGAUCCAAAUGCGACCUGGUCGGUGAGCAUUCGCGGCACCAUUGCGCGCAUCACUUGUUUCCGGCAUUCCAUGGGUGGAUGGACCGCCGCACAGGGCUACCAUCUUUCCAUCAUUGCUUGAGCUGUGACACGCGGGAGGGAACGUACGAGUGUCGUGAUGGCGUUUGGCGAAAACUGGAGGACUACUUGCAAGCAGACCACCCUUCCUGGCUCCCUUUUGCUACUGACUCUGCAGGCGCUGGGGGCCGUGAUGUGCAACUUUUGCGUGCAGCCUGGGUCAAUUGCCGAGAGCCCUUGCUGGAAUACUUUUCGCCUAUGGCUGAUGACUGUGCGACGCUUGGGGUAUUGCACUGCAUGUGUCACUUGGCAAGCGCAAGUCAAGGUCCGGAAGAGUGGGUCAAGAGCUAUCACGAGGAAGGCAGGGCGCUGUCGCGGAAGGACUUAGAUGCAGCCAAGGACACCAUCCGAAAGCUGCGUCUUCGCAGAUGGACACCUCCAGAGUGAUGUGGACGUUUUUGCCAGUCUUCCAUGACGCUGUUGCCGCGCACACACCCACAGUGCAUAUAAAGUGCACUGGAUGGGUAGAUGAUGGUGGUUUAUUUGGUAUGCUUUUGAAUUUUCUGCAAACUUUCAUAAUUCAAGAGUGGCUGCUAAAGUUGCUGUGCUGGCUCAACACUGCGCCCACAUGGCCGCGGGGCCCACACAGGCAUUGGGAACCCAAUGCGACCAUAAGAGCUAGCGGCGCAAGAUGACAAUCAAA